AUGUUGGAGGAAAAGCUCCGCCUCCGUGUGCUGCUCCUGCAUCAGCGCCAGGACGCCACACAUGAUCAGACUGAAGGAGCAGGAGGAGCAGAGCUUACAUCAGGUCAGACUGAAGGAGCAGGAGGAGCAGAGCAUACAUCAGGUCAGACUGAAGGAGCAGGAGGAGCAGAGCUAACAUCAGGUCAGACUGAAGGAGCAGGAGGAGCAGAGCAUACAUCAGGUCUGACUGAAGGAGCAGGAGGAGCAGAGCUUACAUCAGGUCAGACUGAAGGAGCAGGAGGAGCAGAGCAUACAUCAGGUCAGACUGAAGGAGCAGGAGGAGCAGAGCAUACAUCAGGUCUGACUGAAGGAGCAGGAGGAGCAGAGCUUACAUCAGGUCAGACUGAAGGAGCAGGAGGAGCAGAGCAUACAUCAGGUCUGACUGAGGGAGCAGGAGGAGCAGAGCUUACAUCAGGUCAGACUGAAGGAGCAGGAGGAGCAGAGCUUACAUCAGGUCAGACUGAAGGAGCAGGAGGAGCAGAGCUUACAUCAGGUCAGACUGAAGGAGCAGGAGGAGCAGAGCUUACAUCAGGUCAGACUGAAGGAGCAGGAGGAGCAGAGCUUCCAUCAGGUCAGACUGAAGGAGCAGGAGGAGCAGAGCUAACAUCAGGUCAGACUGAAGGAGCAGGAGGAGCAGAGCUUACAUCAGGUCAGACUGAAGGAGCAGGAGGAGCAGAGCUUACAUCAGGUCAGACUGAAGGAGCAGGAGGAGCAGAGCUUACAUCAGGUCUGACUGAAGGAGCAGGAGGAGCAGAGCUAACAUCAGGUCAGACUGAAGGAGCAGGAGGAGCAGAGCUUACAUCAGGUCAGACUGAAGGAGCAGGAGGAGCAGAGCUUACAUCAGGUCAGACUGAAGGAGCAGGAGGAGCAGAGCUUCCAUCAGGUCAGACUGAAGGAGCAGGAGGAGCAGAGCUAACAUCAGGUCAGACUGAAGGAGCAGGAGGAGCAGAGCUUCCAUCAGGUCAGACUGAAGGAGCAGGAGGAGCAGAGCUUACAUCAGGUCAGACUGAAGGAGCAGGAGGAGCAGAGCUUACAUCAGGUCUGACUGAAGGAGCAGGAGGAGCAGAGCUAACACCAGGUCAGACUGAAGGAGCAGGAGGAGCAGAGCUUACAUCAGGUCAGACUGAAGGAGCAGGAGGAGCAGAGCUAACAUCAGGUCAGACUGAAGGAGCAGGAGGAGCAGAGCUUACAUCAGGUCAGACUGAAGGAGCAGGAGGAGCAGAGCUUACAUCAGGUCAGACUGAAGGAGCAGGAGGAGCAGAGCUUCCAUCAGGUCAGACUGAAGGAGCAGGAGGAGCAGAGCUAACAUCAGGUCAGACUGAAGGAGCAGGAGGAGCAGAGCUUCCAUCAGGUCAGACUGAAGGAGCAGGAGGAGCAGAGCUUACAUCAGGUCAGACUGAAGGAGCAGGAGGAGCAGAGCUUACAUCAGGUCUGACUGAAGGAGCAGGAGGAGCAGAGCUAACACCAGGUCAGACUGAAGGAGCAGGAGGAGCAGAGCUUACAUCAGGUCAGACUGAAGGAGCAGGAGGAGCAGAGCUUACAUCAGGUCAGACUGAAGGAGCAGGAGGAGCAGAGCAUACAUCAGGUCAGACUGAAGGAGCAGGAGGAGCAGAGCUUCCAUCAGGUCAGACUGAAGGAGCAGGAGGAGCAGAGCUUACAUCAGGUCAGACUGAAGGAGCAGGAGGAGCAGAGCUUACAUCAGGUCUGACUGAAGGAGCAGGAGGAGCAGAGCUAACACCAGGUCAGACUGAAGGAGCAGGAGGAGCAGAGCUUACAUCAGGUCAGACUGAAGGAGCAGGAGGAGCAGAGCUUACAUCAGGUCAGACUGAAGGAGCAGGAGGAGCAGAGCAUACAUCAGGUCAGACUGAAGGAGCAGGAGGAGCAGAGCUAACAUCAGGUCAGACUGAAGGAGCAGGAGGAGCAGAGCAUACAUCAGGUCAGACUGAAGGAGCAGGAGGAGCAGAGCUAACAUCAGGUCAGACUGAAGGAGCAGGAGGAGCAGAGCUAACAUCAGGUCAGACUGAAGGAGCAGGAGGAGCAGAGCUAACAUCAGGUCUGACUGAAGGAGCAGGAGGAGCAGAGCAUACAUCAGGUCUGACUGAAGGAGCAGGAGGAGCAGAGCUUACAUCAGGUCAGACUGAAGGAGCAGGAGGAGCAGAGCAUACAUCAGGUCAGACUGAAGGAGCAGGAGGAGCAGAGCUAACAUCAGGUCAGACUGAAGGAGCAGGAGGAGCAGAGCUUACAUCAGGUCAGACUGAAGGAGCAGGAGGAGCAGAGCUUACAUCAGGUCAGACUGAAGGAGCAGGAGGAGCAGAGCUUACAUCAGGUCAGACUGAAGGAGCAGGAGGAGCAGAGCUUACAUCAGGUCAGACUGAAGGAGCAGGAGGAGCAGAGCUUACAUCAGGUCAGACUGAAGGAGCAGGAGGAGCAGAGCUAACAUCAGGUCAGACUGAAGGAGCAGGAGGAGCAGAGCUUACAUCAGGUCAGACUGAAGGAGCAGGAGGAGCAGAGCUUUCAUCAGGUCAGACUGAAGGAGCAGGAGGAGCAGAGCUUACAUCAGGUCAGACUGAAGGAGCAGGAGGAGCAGAGCAUACAUCAGGUCUGACUGAAGGAGCAGGAGGAGCAGAGCUCACAUCAGGUCAGACAGAAGGAGCAGGAGGAGCAGAGCUUACAUCAGGUCAGACUGAAGGAGCAGGAGGAGCAGAGCUUACAUCAGGUCAGACAGAAGGAGCAGGAGGAGCAGAGCUUACAUCAGGUCAGACUGAAGGAGCAGGAGGAGCAGAGCUUACAUCAGGUCAGACAGAAGGAGCAGGAGGAGCAGAGCUUACAUCAGGUCAGACAGAAGGAGCAGGAGGAGCAGAGCUUACAUCAGGUCAGACAGAAGGAGCAGGAGGAGCAGAGCUUCCAUCAGGUCAGACUGAGGGAGCAGGAGGAGCAGAGCUUCCAUCAGGUCAGACUGAAGGAGCAGGAGGAGCAGAGCUAACACCAGGUCAGACAGAAGGAGCAGGAGGAGCAGAGCUUACAUCAGGUCAGACUGAAGGAGCAGGAGGAGCAGAGCUAACAUCAGGUCUGACUGAAGGAGCAGGAGGAGCAGAGCUAACAUCAGGUCAGACUGAAGGAGCAGGAGGAGCAGAGCUAACAUCAGGUCAGACUGAAGGAGCAGGAGGAGCAGAGCUAACAUCAGGUCAGACUGAAGGAGCAGGAGGAGCAGAGCAUACAUCAGGUCUGACUGAAGGAGCAGGAGGAGCAGAGCUAACAUCAGGUCUGACUGAAGGAGCAGGAGGAGCAGAGCUAACAUCAGGUCAGACUGAAGGAGCAGGAGGAGCAGAGCUUACAUCAGGUCAGACAGAAGGAGCAGGAGGAGCAGAGCUUACAUCAGGUCAGACUGAAGGAGCAGGAGGAGCAGAGCUUACAUCAGGUCAGACUGAAGGAGCAGGAGGAGCAGAGCUUACAUCAGGUCAGACUGAAGGAGCAGGAGGAGCAGAGCUUACAUCAGGUCAGACAGAAGGAGCAGAAGGAGCAGAGCUAACAUCAGGUCAGACUGAAGGAGCAGGAGGAGCAGAGCUUACAUCAGGUCACACUGAAGGAGCAGGAGGAGCAGAGCUUACAUCAGGUCAGACAGAAGGAGCAGGAGGAGCAGAGCUAACAUCAGGUCUGACUGAAGGAGCAGGAGGAGCAGAGCUUACAUCAGGUCAGACAGAAGGAGCAGGAGGAGCAGAGAUUCCAUCAGGUCAGACUGAGGGAGCAGGAGGAGCAGAGCUUACAUCAGGUCUGACUGAAGGAGCAGGAGGAGCAGAGCUGGUCACCUGGGCUGGAGUCUCCGCUCAGCAGGAGGUGGUGUCCCACAGUGAAGCUGCUCAGGGCCUCCUGAGGCCUCCUCACCAACAACUACACACAUCAGAAGCAUCAGGGAAGCAUCAGGGAAGCAUCAGAGGAGCAUCAGGGAAGCAUCAGGGAAGCAUCAGAGGAGCAUCAGGGAAGCAUCAGGGAAGCAUCAGGGAAGCAUCAGAGGAGCAUCAGGGAAGCAUCAGGGAAGCAUCAGAGGAGCAUCAGGGAAGCAUCAGGGAAGCAUCAGGGGAGCAUCAGGGAAGCAUCAGAGGAGCAUCAGAGGAGCAUCAGAGGAGCAUCAGGGAAGCAUCAGAGGAGCAUCAGGGAAGCAUCAGAGGAGUAUCAGAGGAUCAUCAGGGAAACAUCAGGGAAGCAUCAGAGGAGCAUCAGGGAAGCAUCAGGGAAGGAUCAGAGGAGCAUCAGGGAAGCAUCAGAGGAGCAUCAGGGAAGCAUCAGCGGAGCAUCAGGGAAGCAUCAGGGAAGCAUCAGAGAAGCAUCAGAGAAGCAUCAGGGAAGCAUCAGAGAAGCAUCAGGGAAGCAUCAGGGAAGCAUCAGAGAAGCAUUAGAGAAGCAUCAGAGAAGGAUCAGAGGAGCAUCAGGGAAGCAUCAGGGAAGCAGCAGGGAGGCAUCAGGAAAGCAUCAGGGAAGCAUCAGAGGAGCAUCAGGGAAGCAUCAGGGAAGCAUCAGGGAAGCAUCAGGGAAGCAUCAGAGAAGCAUCAGAGAAGCAUCAGGGAGACAUCAGGGAAGCAUCAGAGGAGCAUCAGGGAAGCAUCAGAGGAGCAUCAGGGAAGCAUCAGGGAAGCAUCAGAGAAGCAUCAGGGAAACAUCAGAGGAGCAUCAGGGAAGCAUCAGAGGAGCAUCAGGGAAGCAUCAGGGGAGCAUCACAGAAGCAUCAGGGAAGCGUCAGGGAAGCAUCAGAGGAACAUCAGGGGAGCAUCACAGAAGCAUCAGGGAAGCGUCAGGGAAGCAUCAGAGGAGCAUCAGGGAAGCAUCAGAGAAGCAUCAGGGAAGCAUUUGGUAAGCAUCAGAGGAGCAUCAGGGAAGCAUCAGGGAAGCCUCAGGAAAGCAUCAGGGAAGCAUCAGAGAAGCUUUAGGGAAGCAUCAGGGGAGCAUCAGAGGAGCAUCAGAGAAGCAUCAAAGAAGCAUCAGGGAAGCAUCAGAGGAGCAUCAAAGAAGCAUCAGAGGAGCAUCAGGGAAGCAUCAGGGAAGCAUCAGAGGAGCAUCAGGGAAGCAUCGGGGAAGCAUCAGAGAAGCAUCAGAGAAGCAUCAGGGAGGCAUCAGGGAAGCAUCAGAGGAGCAUCAGGGAAGCAUCAGAGGAGCAUCAGGGAAGCAUCAGGGAAGCAUCAGAGAAGCAUCAGGGAAGCAUCAGAGGAGCAUCAGGGAAGCAUCAGGGAAGCAUCAGGGAAGCAUCAGGGGAGCAUCAGGGAAGCAUCAGGGAAGCAUCAGAGGAGCAUCAGGGAAGCAUCAGGGAAGCAUCAGAGGAGCAUCAGGGAAGCAUCAGGGGAGCAUCACAGAAGCAUCAGGGAAGCAUCAGAGGAGCAUCAGAGGAGCAUCAGGGAAGCGUCAGAGGAGCAUCAGUUGAAACUUCAACGCUCCAGAGAUGUGGCGAUGGUAAUGUCAGCGGUGAAGCGCCAGGGGAAUCCCCAGCAUGAGGGCCGUACUUUGCGGCUCGUACCAGACACUCCACCUGAAGUCCGGGCUGCUAGACGGGCAUUCAACACGGGAAGCAUCAGGGAAGCAUCAGAGAAGCAUCAGAGAAGCAUCAGGGAGGCAUCAGGGAAGCAUCAGAGGAGCAUCAGGGAAGCAUCAGAGGAGCAUCAGGGAAGCAUCAGGGAAGCAUCAGAGAAGCAUCAGGGAAGCAUCAGAGGAGCAUCAGGGAAGCAUCAGGGAAGCAUCAGAGGAGCAUCAGGGAAGCAUAAGGGGAGCAUCACAGAAGCAUCAGGGAAGCGUCAGGGAAGCAUCAGAGGAGCAUCAGGGAAGCAUCAGAGAAGCAUCAGGGAAGCAUUUGGUAAGCAUCAGAGGAACAUUAGGGAAGCAUCAGAGAAGCAUCAGAGGAGCAUCAGGGAAAUAUCAGGGAAGCAUCAGAGGAGCAUAAGGGAAGCAUCAGGGAAGCAUCAGAGAAGCAUUAGGGAAGCAUCAGGGGAGCAUCAGAGGAGCAUCAGAGAAGCAUCAAAGAAGCAUCAGGGAAGCAUCAGAGGAGCAUCAAAGAAGCAUCAGAGGAGCAUCAGGGAAGCAUCAGGGAAGCGUCAGAGGAGCAUCAGGGAAGCAUCAGAGGAGCAUCAGGGAAGCAUCAGGGAAGCAUCAGGGAAGCAUCAGAGAAGCAUCAGAGAAGCAUCAGGGAGGCAUCAGGGAAGCAUCAGAGGAGCAUCAGGGAAGCAUCAGAGGAGCAUCAGGGAAGCAUCAGAGAAGCAUCAGGGAAGCAUCAGAGGAGCAUCAGGGAAGCAUCAGGGAAGCAUCAGAGGAGCAUCAGGGAAGCAUCAGGGAAGCAUCAGGGGAGCAUCAGGGAAGCAUCAGGGAAGCAUCAGAGGAGCAUCAGGGAAGCAUCAGGGAAGCAUCAGGGGAGCAUCAGGGAAGCAUCAGAUGAGCAUCAGGGAAGCAUCAGAGGAGCAUCAGAGAAGCAUCAGGGAAGCAUCACAGAAGCAUCAGGGAAGCAUCAGAGAAGCAUCAGGGAAGCAUCAGAGGAGCAUCAGGGAAGCAUCAGAGAAGCAUCAGGGAAGCUGUUUGAACACGUUCAGUUUGAUUGAACUGCAGAGCCUGCUGAUGGUCUCCAACACUUUGAGCUUCUUCUGCAAAGAGCCUGAUCUGAGACGGACUCAGGACUCCUCCUUCUGUGACCUCACCUGA